CGAUUCAGUGACUCGAAUUCCGUCAUUAUUAUUCUGACCUCUUAAAGAAGCAAAACAAGAUGAACGGGAUAAAGCCGUUGCUAACCUUGGUAAUAUUCAUAGCUGUCCUUGAAGUAGGCAACUGCGCAAAUGAUGAUAGUUGUAGCGAUUGCUCACUUACCGGCCUUGUCUAUGCUUGCGUGGAUGAGUUCACUUAUGGAGUCUGCUAUGGCACGUUUGUCGUUGAUCCCAAUUCUACAAUGGCAUGUCCUGAUGGCUAUUAUUGUAGUAUAGAGGAUGGGGUCUUCUGUUCAGCCCAAGAAGUCUCCUCUCCAUCUUGUGUACCAAAAGUAAAUCCCGAUCAGUAUUGUACGGAACUUAAUAAAACAGGUUAUUUCCGCGUAGAGAGUGAUACAACUUGCAAGGAUUAUGUAUACUGUUACAAAUUGUCCGGACAAUUUUUGGGCUGGCUCUAUCAUUGCAAUACAAACGAAUAUUAUAAUUCAAGCACGAGUCGUUGUGUAACUACGAGACCAACAGAUUGCUGAAAAAUUAACUUUAAAAAAAAACCAUACCUAAAAAUAUAUAUUUAUUUAUUUAAGGAUGCAAAAAUUACGGAUAUUAUGAAAUAAAUUCAAUGGACUUUGCAUAUAAGACAUUCCCUUCUUUUUACCACUUGAGUAAUUUUAUCGUGGAUCCACUUCUCAAAGAUCAGAAUCAUCACCAGUUCUUGUGAAUCAUAAUCAUAAACGUCCGCUGAGCUGAUUAUUACUUUAUGAGCUGCCAUUUAACUUGAGAGGAAGUUGGCUAAUAAUCAAAAUUUGACAAGCCAAUUUUCGAAAUCAUUUAUUGACUACACCGAAAAUUAAUUAUAUAGAGAU